AUGGCAAAGAUGAGCAGAAGCAAGCAAGGGGCAUUGCAGACCAAGCGGAGGAAGCAGCGUGGGGAGGCCGAGUCCGUCGAAAAGCUCAAGACAAAAUGUGCGCAGGAGCAUGGCAAGGCUCACGUGGCGCACUGCAAGGAGUGUUAUGGAGAGGUUGUGGAGACGAUGAGGAGCAGAUACAUCGACUCCAAGGAUGAGUGGUUCUCCGACGACAAGGCUUUUUUGAGCGAUCUCGACGGCUUGUUUGCAAAGGUCAAGAACUUCAGUGAAGACCUCAAAGCCAUUGAGACCCGGAUCGACAAGGAGAAGCAGAAACAUUACCGCGAGUCCCUCCCCAAAUCAGCAGCGGGGCGCGUCGCCGAGGCCUCGAUAGGCAAGGCCGAGUUCCAGGCCGCUCUGGCGGACGAAGAGAAGCCCACGACUGCACUCAUCGAAGAUGUCAGGAGAGCCCUUUAUAAGGGCGUUGACGACGCACCAGGCCUCGAGGAGCUGGCGUCCAAGUUUGAUGACGUGGUUUUCGAGAAAGAGGCAGGUGUUGUCGUUGACGUCUUCUUCCGAGACCCCCGUACCGGCGAGAUUCCAGCAUCAUGCAAAAAGUACGUGGAAAAGCUGCGAUCCGGUGUGCCCAUCGAGGACGUCAUGUUGGCCAUGGCGGCCGACAGACCAGCUAGGUCGCAGGCUUUGGCGAACAUGGACAAGCACAGACGGACGCUUAACGAGCUUAAGAGGGCGCAGGCGGCACAUGAGCAGGAUAAGCUCCUGAAAGCUCAGAAGCGACAGCAACCUCCUCCGCAGGCGCCUCAAGUCAACAAGGAACUAUACGACCUCCCGCCAUGCCUUGCAUGCUCGGGCAAGGUGUCGCCGGACGAGGUCAUUGCGUGCCCGUUGUGCUUGAUCUUUGCCGAGCUGAGCCUGACUAAGAGGACGGUCUUCGACUCAGAGAAGUGCUACGACGAGGCAUAUGAUGAACAUGUUCAAACCGCACACAGUUGCGCCGCCGGCGAGGGAUGCGUUCAACUUAAGGACGAGGAUGAGGAAAUGGGCGGCAACGGCGAGGGGCCAGUCAUCUGCGAGGAGUGUGCGGAACAGCUAGGCCAAAGCAUAGUAUACUGCUCAUCGCGCUGCGCCAGUGCAGAUUUCCAGGAGCACCGGGAAGGCGUUCACAUUCCGAACUGGCAGGGACUCGGCAUCGACCUCGGCACCCAGGGAGAGCAUCUUGUCUACGACAACGACGAGAAGACCAAGUACCACGUGAACGACAUAUCCAAAUUCGUAUGGCGGCUCAGCGAUGCCUUUGAGCGCGUCUUUAAGGGCAACAACCCCGACAUUAAAGAUGUCCAGCACUGA